CUUAGCUAACCAAGUGGAGGUGGUGUCUGCACAGUAGUGACUUCCUUACAUUUACAUCACAAUUACAUUAGAUUCACGUAUUUGGUAUUAUUCAUUAUUUUUUAAACGCGAAGACGAAUACUCCUGGAGCACGCACGAACGAACGCAAACAACGAACACGCUUUAUUCCUUAAAUCAACAUGAGGACGUACUACGUGAUAGCCGCCAUACUGAUCGCCGGAAGUAACGGCCAGGAAAAUUUCAAAUGUCCCGAUGACUUCGGUUUCUACCCACAUCACAUAUCCUGCGACAAAUAUUGGAAGUGCGAUAAUAACGUAGCGGAAUUGAAAACGUGCGGGAACGGUUUGGCUUUCGACGCAUCCGACAGUAAAUUCCUUACCGAGAAUUGCGAUUACCUGCACAACGUUGAAUGCGGUGAAAGAACGCAAUUGGAACCACCGAUCAGUACGCCCCAUUGUUCUCGUCUUUACGGUAUCUUCCCGGAUGAGAAGAAAUGCGACGUAUUCUGGAAUUGUUGGAACGGAGAAGCAUCCAGAUAUCAGUGCAGUCCUGGACUUGCUUACGAUCGCGAAGCCAGAGUUUGCAUGUGGGCCGAUCAAGUACCCGAAUGCAGAAACGAAGAGGUCGCGGGAGGUUUCACGUGUCCAGCCGCAGGUGAAGUGAGCGGAGCAUCCGGCAGCUUCAGCAGACACGCCCAUCCUGAGGACUGUAGAAAGUAUUACAUAUGUCUCGAGGGUAUUGCUAGAGAAUAUGGUUGUCCGAUUGGUACCGUCUUCAAAAUCGGCGAUGCCGAUGGUAGCGGUGCUUGCGAAGAUCCUGAAGAUGUUCCAGGAUGCGAGGAUUACUAUGGUGACUUGGACCUAAAAAGCAUCAGGAAGAGCGAGUUACUCGCUGGAAUCCAAAGUUCUGGCGAACCGAGGAAACCAUCUCAAGGCAAACCUAGACCCGCACCGAUACCUGCGAGGCCAUCCGCACCUCUCCAGGAAUAAUUCUUCUAAAUUACUCUAUCAAUUUGUUUUUUCUUUAUUAUUUCUUUCCAUCCAAUUCCCAUUCCCCUUUUCCAACACUUCCUACUAUUUCUUUCGUUAUUUUAUUUGAUCCCUUUUCUCACAAGUUCCAUUGAUCUUCUUUAUCUUACGGUCACAACAACCCCCAAACACCUCCACACUCUUGCUCUCGGCAGCAUCAACAUUCAGAAAAGAGGAACAUGUGGUUCCAAUAUGGAAGCAUUGUCGCGUUUUUUAAUUGAGAACGAACAUUAGCCCCCUACUACCCCCACCAACCUGCUCAAAAAAAGAAACAAUAGCUUUCAAGUGUUGUUUAGUUGAAAUCGCAUUUCUCUUAUUCUAAUUCGAUCGGGCACGAUUCUUUCUCGUAGCCGAAUUUCACAAUCGAAUGUUAAAUAGAUUUCAAAAGAUCCGAAAUUAUAUCUUGAGGAUCUUUGUGGUCACGAUCAGGUUGACCUUCUUCGAUCGACGUACAAUACGGUUUUAAUAAAUCGGCCAACUUUAACGCGAAAAAACGAAUUACGAUAAUGGACACUUGAUGAUAAUAAUGACGAUGAUGAUAAUGAUGAGAUGAUGAGGUUGUUUAAAUGAUAUGUUGUAGAAUUUUGUCUCCUAACGUUUUUACAAAUAAUUUUUAAUGAAUUUGGUUGCACACGUUAUAUACGAGUCUCUUUUAAUGUAAAUUAUUCGAAUGUUGGCUGUGAAUCAUCGUUACCGAAUGGUUCAAUAAUUGAUUGAAUUUAGUGCAAAGUUAUUAUCCGAAGUGCCGAUCGGUUUAAUAUCUAUUUCGAAUUAUUCAGAAUUAUUAUAUAUUUCUCUCUUUAUAUUAUCUUUCUUUAUAUUUUUCUUAACAUUUAAAUUUAAUCGAUAUUAAACUAAUUCGCACUUCCAAUAAAAGUCUCGGCAGAUUUAAAGAUUUUCUCUUUCGUUUUAUCCACAUUAUUUGGACAAAGUUAACAAGACAAAUAAUAAUAUUACACAUUUAUCCUAAUUUUAUCUAUCUUUAGAUAGCGUUCAUUGACCAAACGAUUGCCAAAAAUAAUAUUUCAUAUUGGCCCGAGUUCGGUCUAUAGUUCGCUUUUAAUUACAAGCUACAAAAUAAAAUCGCCGACUUGUAUGUUUUAUAGUAAAAUUGAAAACGUGUAAAUAAAAAAAAACAUUCAAGAAAAUACGAUUAUAGUUAUGAUAUAUUUUUCAAUAGGAUAUUCUCAACCUUUUGCGAUCCGAUUUUUUAAUAAAAGUCGGCAAAUUCAUUAUUGAAGAAAUCUAUUCGUGAAAAUAAUCAUUAGAAGAACGGAUCGUAAAUUGUUAACUCACUCUCUCUCUCUCUCUCUCUCUCUCUCUCUCUCUCUCCCUAUUUCUCUUUUUCUCUUGACCUAAUUUCUAUAAUGUUGAAUGCUAAUAUCAAUUAAUGUAGCUUACAUUUCACUUAAGUUACUUUCAAUAUCCUUUUCUCCUGUAUCUUCCUAUGUUUGCACGCACCUUGAACAUUUGUAAUUUAAUACCGAUCUAAUAACGAUGCCAUAUAUAUAUGUUGUGUUGUCUUUAAAAUUUAUAACGUACUCUGUUAAUAACUACUAUCGGUUGUUUAUUAUAUUCUUUAUAAUUUACAUGAAAAAAAGAAAGGGGGUAACAAUACUCUCAAAGUAAAAUUAUAGAAGUUUUCUUAACAUUUAUGUGAGUACGGUCAAAUACACAUGGGUCAGAGUAUUUCUUAAUAUUUUUAAUUAAUAUUCUAAAUAAAUGAUCACAGUA